AGUAGUCCAUCAUUCAAAAAUUAUAUAUUGCAGUUCUUGAGUAGUUGAAUCUUGACUUUGAUUAAUUUAAAGCUUUGCAUUACAAAAUUCAAGUAUUUUGGAAGGAUUUAUUCUCACAAUUCAUUGUUUGGCGGGGUUUAUAAUUUCAAUUUUUUUCUGUCAAGAGGUGCACAAGGACUGAUUUCAUAAAAUUCUAACAAAAAUGGAGGAUUGCAACAACAAAGUCGAAGAACCUGUGACGAAGCUUAAAAGAACAACUUCUUUUUCUGGUUCAGAAAUUGAAAAUAGCUCUAGCACAAUGCGCAAGAAAAUAGUUGUUGUGCCCACUGAAGUUUCUGAGAAUGUGAAUGGAGAUUCAGCUGAGUUGUUUUUGGUAAAUGACGGGCAGAAUUGUAGGCACGAGAAUAUUGACGGAAAAGAAGAGAAUUUAGGCUUUGAUUCUCUACAUACAUCUAUUUUGGUUGAAAUUAUGUGCAAGGUCUCUCAUGAUCAACUUGACUCGCUAUCUACUGUAUCACACAAAUUUGAGGAAGCGGUUAAUGUGGCCAAGGAGAUUUUUUUUGAUUAUAAGACUCCUCCAGUUUGUGUAAAAUCUCCUGAAAGUUCUUUGCUUAAUGCGCCAAAGAAACCUGGAAGUUCUAGGAUGUCAAAGUUAUCAGCUCAAGACAUCAAGGAACUUAAAAGCUCCACAUGCCAGACAAGAAUGAUGAUACAGAAUUCCACAUUCCAGUCAAGAAUGGCGAUAGGAGAUUUGUAAGCCAUGAUCAUUUCUUCAUAUUGAGCAAUUGGCGAAUUGAGAUGUCCUUUUUUGGUAUGACCCAUAUGUGGGUGUAAGCAGGCUGCAAAGUGCAGUAAUUGGGUUUUCUCUGUUUUGUAAUUGUUCAUAAGUGAUACAUCGAUUGCAUGCAACAGUUCACUCUGUUUUGUAAUUGUUCAUAAGUUAUAUACAUCAAUUGUAUGCAACAGUUCACACUGUUUUGUAAUUGUUCAGAAGUUAUAUACAUCAAUUGUAUGCAAGAGUUCAGCUUUCUUUAAGCUCUCUAGGAUUUUUGGGUUAUAUAAAUUAUCGCAAUUCAAGACAGUUCACCUCAAUGAAUCAA